CCAAUCAGCAGCGUCCCUCCUCACCGCACCGACCAAUCAGAGAGCUGCAUGCGCUGACAGAGUUACAGCGGCGGUUCACCUGCUCAGUGGCUUUACCGGGACAGCACGGCAAGUUUAGAGCUACCGUAUGGACAACGGCACCGGAUCACCUGCGUCCUCCUGCGCCGGCGGCGGUUAAGCGUCACCCGAUCACCAGCCUCCCCGCCGGCCGGUCCCGCGUCAUGGCUCGGACCGGCUCCGGGGCGCUCUCCCGCAGGAACAUCAAGCUGGACUCGUUCCUGCAGCGGAACACGGAGCGGACGGUGUACGAGCGGAUCCGAGCCUACGAGCCGUGCGUGGUCAUCUCCGACACCGUCAACAAGGUGUACAUGCACGUGGUGCUGAGCGACGAGCGCGUGUACCUCACCGAGUACCCGCCGCGCACGCUCACCGAAGCCUUUCACUUUAGCCGCGUGCGGGACAUCGAACUGGUCAACGACCUCCCAGAUUUCCUGCAGGGGAAGGACCGGGAACGCUGCCAGCACAUUCGAAUCACCUACGCCACCGACAAGCCUGCGGCGAGGGGCCGCGAUUGGCUGGGGAGAGACAGGAGGGUGGGACUUCCUCCUGUAGCCCCGCCCUCCCGCAGAUCCAGCGUGGACUACCUGUCGAUCGCACAAACCUUCGAAGACGGAUAUCCUGCACACAG